AUGGGCCUCAAAAUAACGCGCUCACAGCGUUUGUCCGCAGUGAUUGGGAUUUCAUCGGUUUUCUUCGUGGCGGAGAUUUCCAUCGGAUUUUAUACGCAUUCCUUGGCUUUGGUCGCUGAUGCCUUCCAUUACUUGAAUGACCUGAUCAGCUUCAUAGUGGCAUUGGUGGCUCUCAGGACAGACGAUGCGCCCAAAUCUUUAUCCUUCGGGUGGCAGCGAGCCCAGCUACUAGGCGCUUUCUUCAACGGUGCACUUCUUUUCGCCCUCGGAAUCAGUGUGUUCCUACAAUCGAUCGAGCGGUUCAUUUCGUUGCAGUAUGUGGAGAACCCGAAGCUGAUGUUCAUCAUGGGCGCUGUGGGUUUGGGUCUGAAUCUGAUCAGCGCAAUCUUCCUGCAUGAACAUGACCACGGACACCAUCAUCAUGGGCAUUCCGCAGCACCGUUGUCCCCGAUUCCAAGCAGCGAUGAGUCAGAUAUCUCCGAGCAUCAUGAUCACAAACACCAACUGCACGGCACGCAACCGACCUCCCGGGGACACGACCUAGGCAUGCUAGGUGUUUUGCUCCAUGUGGUUAGCGAUGCGGCCAAUAACCUGGGAGUCAUGGCUGCAGCCUUGGUGAUCUGGCUGGCACAUUAUGAGGGAAGAUUGUGUAUAGUACGACGAUCUGGCCUUAUCCUGUUGGAAAGCGCUCCGAACGGGUUGGACCCGGCGGACGUGAAACACGAUCUAGAAAAGGCACGUAUCAAUGCUUCGGGAUCAGUACCUGGUGUCUUGGCCAUCCACGAGCUUCACAUCUGGCGUCUGAAUCAGAACAAAACCCUGGCAUCGGUCCACGUCGUGGUCUCCGAUCCGUCCAUGACAAACUUUGCGAAGACGACCAAGACCAUUAACGAGUGCUUUCAUGCAUACGGUAUCCAUUCAGCAACACUCCAGCCGGAAACGUGUCCCAUAGCGGAGGUCAUCUGUACAGAGCAUGAAUCGGCGGAGACCGUGCAGGAGCUACGCAAGAGAUCGCUGGAAAAAUGCCAAAUGAUGUGCGGAACGUUAUGCGAGGAGUUGACAUGCUGUGGGUAG